AUGCGUGGACGCCAGAACGAUGUGGACAAAACAAUUUGUGUGGUUGAUGCUGAGAGUGUUAGCGACAUAGAUGGAGGGCGCACCGUCGCAGAUUCUCGUCCACUCAAUGUUGGCCGCAUUCUGCAGGCCAUUCAGAAGUUACAAGCCGAGGGUCUCAAAAUCAUUUUGGUCAGCCGGCAGGACAUGUCGACACUGAUGCAUGACUCAUCUGUCGAUGCAUCAGGCUUUCUGUACAUCAAGUCCUUGAACGGCCCAGCUAUUGACACGAUCCGUACUGCUGCAGACUACCGAUGCUUUUUCGUAACUUCUGCCGAUGCUGCCGCUUUCGAAUCUGACUGGCGCCUGCCACAGAGACACCAGAUGUGGUUAUAUCAGAACCACAGCAUGCAGGUGAGAUUUGAAUUUGAGCCGUACUCUCGGGAAUUCGUGCCAAUUUUUUCAGCAAGCUCGCCAUCCCAGGCGAGCCCCGAAAAGAGUGAAGAGUGCUAUCAGCAGACCGAGUUGCUCGGGCCAGAGCAUGGCGUGCUGGAGACUCUGCCGAGCGGGUGGAUUUCGGAUUCUUUGGAACCAUUGAUGGCCGUUCUUCCUUGCAGAGAAGACCUUGCCUCGCAGCCGGUUCUUGCUAUGCAGGCACAGGACGAGAAAGAUCCCCUUGUUCAGCACGCCGUCAGUUUGUCUCAGACUCACAUAUACAGUGGGACCGAAGAGUCCGAUCUGCAAGAUUGGAGAAAGGUAAAAGGACCUUGGUCUCACGAACACAUCGUCGUGCGCGUUGCUGGAACCCGGAACCCGCUUUGGGCAGUGGGAGCCGGCAGCAGGAAGCUGGCCAGAAAGCGAGCAGCACAUUUGGCUUUGGUAGUUGCGUACCAUGCAUCGAAAACAGCUACCGCAGCCUGGAAUGUUGGGCCAAAGGACUGCCAAGAUCUCAACUGCAUGGUUGCCCGAGCCCGCAGGUUGAUGGAGCAUGCACGUUCCCUUGGGGUUUUCCCGAGCAUUCAGGAAGAUAGCUUUCUUGCGCAACAGACCUCGAACCAGUCCAGUUCACUGGCUGAGAUCACGGCCGACGAGUUUGCCGGCAAAGCCACGCGCUGGCUCGCAGACCCUGGUGUCCAGGAGGCCGCGCGAGUUAGCCUGGAGGAGAUGGAUGGGAAGCUGGCGGGCCGGAAGGUGGUCGCCACCGAAGCCUACUUUACUGAAGCGGGUAGCGGGUAUUUGAAUCUCCAGACAGGGGAUCAGGUGGAAGUUCUGUAUGACAGGAUCGAGGGACCAAACCCUGAGGACAGGCACAAGGGCUACGUUUUCGGUCUGCUUGUCACCACUCCUGGUGUGUUACCGGGUUGGUUCCCGACCGAUACGUGUGUAACCUACCUUGCUGCCUUGUCUCGAGACAGGAACGCCGUGUUCCGUGGCUUGUGGCUCAAAGAGUCUUGGGAGCUCCAGCCCAAUGCGUCUGCCAAAGACAGGCCUCCGAGCUCGGAGUUGGUCUGCAGAUUGCACUCAGAUGUUGUUACCGCGGGGAGCCACAAAGGUCGAGACACUGAAGCGACCAACGCGAGCCUGCGAAUGAGACUGAGUUUUCUGCAUCUGAUCUUCAUACCAACCUCGUUCUGCGCCCCCUCGCCACACGUGGCGCAGGUGGUCUUGGAUGCAGAUGGAGGCACUGAAACGGAUCUUCACCCACUGCUGCGCAAAGAGGCUCAACCGAACAUGCUUCAGGAGGAUUCCGUUGGAGACCUGACGCAGAAGCAACCAACAUCAGGCUUCAACAGCUCGUCCGGUCUGUGGAAGGAGAUCCGCAAAAGAGCAAAGGUCACAGCAGUCGAGCCAUUCUCCGCAGAUGCACCUCCCACUGUGGUUUACACAGGACAGACGGCCUCAGCUGCGGCCACGAUCCUCAUCGGCACGACUACCUGUUUUUCUGCAAUUGCAUGGGCAGUGCAGUCCAAGAUGAAGUUUGUGAAGGAGGCAACUUGGCAGACACUCGGCCCUGCCAUCGCCAUGUUCUGUGCGCUCCAGCUCUUCUAUAUUCUUCGAGAGGUGACCAAUUUGAUGGUCUCCGAUAAUGUGGCGACGGAGGAAGUCUCAUUGCAGGGAUUGAGGCCGGAGGAUGCACCGGCUGUGGCCGCAAGUGGAGCCGGCUCAGUGGGGGUAUCAUUUGCACGCUUUGUCCUUGCCUAUGCCGCGCUGCAGUCCAUCUUUGUCUUGAGCAGGCAGCGGAAGCUGGCGAUGGAGAUUGCAGCCAGCUUUGGCUCGCAGCUGGUUGGCCUUCUUGCGGCAGAUGCAUUUGCAACAUGGCAGGAGACUCCGUACUGGAACACCGCUGGCAUGAGCUUCGCAUUCGUUCUCUUGUCUGCGGUUGUGCUGGCCCUUGUGCUGGUGCCGGCAUCCAUGUUGCGGAUCAAGGUGAUCACUGCUGACGAGCAGAAGGCCGAAUGCCAGAAAAGCGACGAGCUGAUCGCUUGCUUUGGAAUUUCGCUCUGCUUUGCGCAGUUCUGGCGCUUUCUGCUAGCUGGGCGGCUGCCCCAUUACCUGGGUGUUCAACGCAGCAGCUAUAACAGAUCAGAGACACUUUUCUUGUUCCUUGUGUGGGUUAAACUCUUUGUGCUGGCGCUCGCGUUGGACAAGUUGAUCGCACGGUUCCAGGGGCCUUUGCCUGAAGGAGCCGGAAAAUUCUACAGUUGCUUCCACAAGUGCAUGCAAGCUGCGUCUGUGGUUCCACUCGCUGUGGCCAUGACUUCUGCCUGGUGUUGUUUCUACUGGGCCAAGUGGGCCACCUAUUCCAUACUGGUCACUGAAUCGGUGGUCGCGGCAGGAUACUUCUUGAAAGCGGAAAUGUACACAGCGGUCAUGUUCUCCCUCGUCUGCUUUGCUGCUACAUACGCCGGCAUGCAUGUGAGUGAGAAGUGGCCACACAUGGUCGCUUCGGUGAAAUUGAGUUCGCUUGCCAGCAUCCUCGUCUUGUCCUUGUCCUGGAACAGCGCAUUCCAGAGCGCAUGCGCCUUCAGCAAGGACAGCACCUCCAGCGAAGCCUUGCAAGUCUUCGAUCGCUGCCUGAAGUGCCAGUGGAUGCAACUCUGCAUGCGAUAG